AUGACUCAAAGCAAGUUCUCAUCUCUGCGUGACAAGCUUGUCCAAGGGAAACUACUACUCCCAGGAGACGAAGGAUAUGAUCAAAGUCUCGAAAGAUGGAGUCGCACUUGUGUCAAGCCUGCUGCGGCUGUAGCCCAACCCAGGACUGCUGAGGAAGUCAGCGCCAUAGUCAAGUUCACAACUUCGAAUGGAAUCAAGUUCAAUGUCAAAGGAGGCGGCCACAGUUCCUCGCAGACAUCCAGCUCUCCGUCGCCGGAGGGUAUGGUCCUAGAUCUUUCUCUCAUGCGUGAUGUCUCGGUAGACGCCGACGCACAAACCAUCACCUUUGGGGGAGGCUGCUUGUGGAAAGAUGUUGAUGAAGCACUUUGGGCCAAAGGACUGGCCACUGUAGGAGGAACUGUCUCCCACACAGGCGUCGGCGGCCUCACCCUGCACGGAGGUUAUGGUAUCUUGAGUGGAAUCCAUGGAUUGGCCAUCGAUAACUUGAUUGCAUGUCAAGUUGUCCUGGCAGAUGGAAGUAUCGUGACCGCAUCAGCCUCAGAAAACCCAGAUCUCUUCUGGGCACUUAGAGGUGCCGGUAGCAGCUUUGGUGUUGUGACACAGUUCACUAGCAAGGCCCACCCACAAGGAGACAUUUGGGGAGGUAUGGCCCUUUUCUCCCCUGAGAAACUCCCAGCUAUCAUUGAUUUCACAAACACAUGGGGAGCUACCAAUGAUGGCAGACAGAUCCUCCUUGUUGCCUUCGCACACGUUCCUCCUGGUCCAGAUCCCAAUGCACCCAGACCCCCUAUUGUUAUUGUGCGGAUGGCCCAGGUCGGAGACAACCCGUCUGAAGAAGGUCCCAAAUAUUUUGCCCCCAUUUUGGAAAUGGAGGCAAUAAUGAAACAGGCCGGGUCCAUGCCUUAUCCUGCAAUGAAUCAGGCUGUAGACGACCAGAUGGGCCCCGGAAGCCGAUACUUGCUUGGUGGUUCCAACUUCACCCUUCCCAUGAAGCUCUCUACCGCUGAGGCGAUACGCGACCGCUUCCAUGCGUUCACUGAGAGCACACCAAGCGCAAAUGAAUCUGCCGUGAUAAUCGAAUGUAUACCACACCAAAAGAUCAGGGAGGUUCCUAUCGAGUCAACAGCCUUCAACUCGCGUGGCAAGUACUUUAUCAUGGGCGUCAUGUACAAGUACGAGGAUGAAGGUCUCGAUACUGAAAUUCGCCAGUUCAACCGUACUUUCCAAAAUGAAGUUCGUAAGUUGGGAUAUAACGACGAAACCCUCGCGGACGGCAUUGGCAAUUACCUCAACUAUGCCAACACUGGGAACAUCUCAGCUGAGGAAGCAUUUGGGUCGCAUUCAAAGCGCUUGGUGGGGUUAAAGAAGAAAUAUGAUCCUGAAAAUGCCUUUGACAAGUUGUGGAAAUUGGUUGGCAAGGUUGAAGACAACUGGAUUGCUUGA